CCUACAAAAACCAAGGGGGAAGGAGGUGUUCGACGAUGGAUGAGAGCCAAAAGGAUCAGCUAGUCUACUUGUUAAGGCAGGUAUUCAGGUUGCUUUAGUUUCGCAGUAGAAAUCUGGAGGCGAAGGCGUACGAACGAGUUGUGCGCACCAUAUAGCAACUGCACCAUAUAUAUUUAGUGGUCGGUGAGAACGUAGCGAAAGGAGCGGCUCCCUUUGGCGUGUUAAGGAUAUGGCGGCUCCUUCCGGCAUCCAACCGCAGACGCUUGCUGCUGAUGCACAUCGCGCAGGUGGCGGUGGAUCAGAGGAGCCACCGCAUGCCCUGGACGUGGCACGCUUCCGCCGGCUGAACUCGCUCAUCCACCGUGAGAACGUGGACGCGGACGAACUUCUGAAUCUUGUGGGGCGGGAUAACCGCGUGAACCUUAUGAACGACCCCUUGCUCAGCGUCGUCAUCUCCUGCAAGAAGCCCAAGCUCGCCUGCAGCCUCAUCGACAAAAUAUCAUCAAAUGACAUUCUCAAGGCCAAAAACUUCAACGGCAACACGGCGCUUCACGUAGCUGCCGCCAUGGACGACCAAGAAGUGGCCUUGGAGCUGAUCAACAGGGUGCCAGAUCUCGUUCAUGAGCGGAACGGGAAGCUGGAGAUACCGCUACAUAAGGCGGCCCUGUACGGGCUCAAGGACAUGUUCUGGCUGCUGGUGGAAAAGAACAGCUCACCGGAAGCCCGGAGGGAGGACGGCGCCACCAUGCUGCACUGUGCCAUCAUGGGCAAUGCGCCGGUACUCGCCUUGGAGAUCGCAAAGACUUAUCCAAUUCAGAUCGAAUCCCGGAAUGAGCACGCCCUCACUCCGCUGCAGCUGUUGGUGACCAUUCCAGAGGCAUUCCGAAGCCAAGCACUUCUUGAGGCCCUCGACUCCUUCAUCUACAAAUGGAUUCCCUUGGACGAGGACUCGAGUAAAAUGAACAAAAGGGAUGAAGAGGUGGCACUCAACGGAUCUAGCAUUGGAGUAGCACAAGACGAUAACUCGCCGAGGGCUUUUCGCUCAAAAUUCCCAUCAAACUACAGAACUCUCUUUGACCUGUUGGAGUUGACCAAAAUCUCAGCUGGCUGGAUUCUGCGAUUGGUUUAUAACAUUAUAAGGCAAUUGUCGCCGAGAGUCCAACGUCUGGAUGGGAAGAAGAAGAACCAUGCAGAAACAAUGCACUUUAUCGAAUACUUAGCAAAAGAAGGAUACUUCGAGUUCUUUGUGCUUGGAAAAGAUCCCACCGAAGGCAGUAUACCUGGUCCACAAGACUCUCCACCGGAGACUGGACAAGAAGGUGAUGCCCGAAAAAGGGACAAGGAACCCACAAUUACUUCAGAAGCGCUUGACGGCCAAUUUGGUAAGUUUGGUCCACCGGAGACUGUACAAGAAGGUGAUGCCCAAAAAAAGGCACUGUCACCGAGCUCGGAAGACAGAUGGAAUGAACCACCCUUGAUCUUAGGUGCACAAAUGGGCCUUCAUGAUUUCGUGGGCAAGAUCCUGGAAGUGUGCCCACAGUCAGCGACCUACCUGGACACGAAGGGCAGAAACGUUCUCCAAGUCGCAGUCAUGUAUCGUCGCGAGGAGAUUGUCAAGAUCAUAAAGGACAUGAGAACCAUUUUACCAUCCUGGUUAUUUUCCCAAAUCGACCCCAAAACCGGGAACACCAUCCUGCAUCUUGCUUCAGUUGGAAGCCCUGAUGUAGCAAAGGAAGAGCAAGACGCACCGGAUUCAAUGCAACUGCAUUACGAUUUAGUAUGGUUUGAGAUGGUGCAAUCAAUUAUUCCUAAAGAACUAGUGCAUAGUCGAAAUACGAAAGGAAAGACAGCGCGAGAGCUCUUUACUUCGAGCCACAAACAGACGCGCAACAGCUGCAAGCAACAACUAGUAGGGCUUGCAAAGUCAUGUAUAGGCGCUCUGGCAGCUGUGGUCUUCGUCAUGAGCUCCUCCUUCUUCCGCACCGAUGAUCCAAAAACUAGAGAUUCACCCUUGUUCAAGGCCAUGUCAUACACAUAUGUGUUCGGGUUGCAAUUUGCGACUACAUCUCUGUUCGUUUUCUUGUCCAUCGUCAAAUCAUCGUACAAGGAGCAGGAGUUCCGCAGUGCCAUCCCUUCGAAAUUCCGCGUAGCCGGCCUCGCAUAUAACAUGGCGAUGGUGUUUCUGUUGCUGGCCUUCACAUUCAACACUUACGUGCAGAUAGAUGGCGUGGAGAUUGCGAAGGAAAAGCAUGCGAUCGCACUAGUGCUGGCGAUCGUCAUCCUUCAACUUCUCCCUUGCCUCAUCAUCUUUCCUGGCGCCGUAUUUGAAAUAUUUCGUGCUUAUAUUUAGAGUUAAAAUGUCUGUAAGCAUGCACCAUCCCUCCACAUCUAUCAAGCAGCCAGCCUGAUAUGAUAAUUUCUUAUGUUCUUCCGAUCUGUAUUGUUGUGCGUGCUUUUACUAGAAUUGCGAGUUCUAGCAAUUCAAUAAUCAUAGAUACGUUUAUGUACCAGCAGUUCUGAGUGGACAAAACUGGAUGUCAAUGUGUUUCGAGUUUGCAUGUGAAAUUUUAUGGUCGAUAUCCGACUUUUCA